GUUUAGUUGAUUUGAAAACUUAAUUUGAAGAUAUUUAAUAAAAUAUAUAUUUAUAGCUUGGUUAUUUUUAGUUUUUAUUCGAUUAUGAUAUGGUAAUUUAAGAUAUUUUCAAUAUAGGUUUAUAAUUUUAAAGAAAUCGGUGGAAUUUCCUAAAGUCUGGUGAAAAUGGCUGAGACUAAAUUACCAAUUGACAAAUUGAAACAAAAAUUUGCUGCUGCAAAGAAGAGGAAGAUCGAAGAAAAUAUAUACGACAUUGAUCCAAUAUCAGAUGAUGAGGAUGGUUCAGGUCCUGUUGUUCCAGAGAAAGUAAAAACACACAGGCUGUGUCCUUAUCUUGACACAAUCAACCGUCAAGUUCUGGAUUUUGAUUUUGAAAAACUCUGCUCAGUGUCACUGUCUCGUAUUAAUGUUUAUGCUUGUUUAGUGUGUGGAAAAUAUUUUCAAGGGCGAGGAACGAACACACACGCCUACACACACAGUGUCGCAGAGAGCCACCAUGUGUUCCUCAACCUUCUCACCCUUAAGUUCUACUGUUUGCCAGAUAACUACGAAAUAGUCGACUCGUCAUUGGAUGAUAUUAAGUAUGUGUUGAACCCCACAUUCACUUCCGAGCACAUCAGACAGUUAGACAACAGUGACAAGUUGUCUCGAGCCAUUGACGGAACUCUCUACUUGCCUGGUAUCGUGGGGCUAAACAACAUAAAAGCAAACGAUUACUGCAAUGUAAUUUUACAGGCUUUGUCACAUGUAACACCACUACGGGACUAUUUCCUGCGAGAGAUAAACUACGCCAGGGUCAAGCGACCACCUGGUGACAGCAGCUUCCUACUGGUGCAAAGGUUCGGUGAGUUGAUGCGUAAACUGUGGAAUCCUCGCAACUUCAAGGCCCACGUUUCACCCCACGAGAUGCUACAGGCGGUCGUUCUGUGGAGCAGAAAAAAAUUCCAGUUUACUGAACAAGGUGACCCUAUCGACUUCCUAUCCUGGUUCCUGAAUGCUCUUCACUUGGCUCUAAAUGGUUCUAAGAAGCCAGACUCUUCCGUCAUCUACAAGACGUUCCUCGGGACAAUGAAGAUCACAUCACGUAAGAUCCCUCCCAUAGAGCUGGACGACGCUCAGAGAGCUGCGCUGCAGCGUACAGAUGAGUACGCAGAGAAGGUUACAACGUCUCCGUUCCUCUACCUCACCUGCGAUCUUCCACCACCACCGUUGUUCAAGGAUGAGAUCAUGGAAAAUAUAAUUCCUCAGGUCAAUUUAUACCAGCUGCUUAACAAGUUCAAUAAUGAAAGCGAAAAAGAGUACAAAACAUACAAAGAGAACUUCAUGAAGAGAUUUGAAAUCACCAAGCUACCUCCUUAUCUUAUUCUUUACAUCAAGAGGUUUACAAAGAAUACAUUCUUUGUUGAGAAGAAUCCAACGAUUGUGAACUUUCCUGUCAAGAAUGUAGACUUUGGAGACAUACUGACCCCGGAUAUCAAGAAGAAGCAUAAACACACAAUCUACGAUCUUGUGGCUAACAUUGUACAUGACGGGGAGCCUGGCAAGGGAACCUACAGGGUUCAUGUGCUACAUAAGGGUACGGGAAAGUGGUACGAGAUGCAGGAUUUGCAUGUGACGGACAUUCUACCUCAGAUGAUCACCCUGACUGAGGCCUACAUUCAGAUAUACGAACUGAGAGAUUACAGUGAUCAGGAUAAAAGAUGAUAAAAAGGAUACUUCAUUUAC